AAAUUUAAGUGCACCCAAAAUUGGAGUGCAAGUAAAAAACCUCUUUCCCUCUCGAUUACCUGCUUCCCUUUUUCUUCUCUUCUUCUCUCUAAUGAAAUGAAAUGGGACAUGGAGCUCGAAGAAAUAGAAGCUGUCCUAGAAAAAAUAUGGGACUUACACGACAAAUUGAGCGACGCUAUUCACUCAAUUUCACGCUCUCACUUCCUCCACUCAAUCAAAUCCCUCAAAACCACCACCACCACCAACAAGAAGCUCAACAACGAAAGCGAUGUCGGAUUUGAAGACAACAACAGCAGCAACAGCAACAAUCGGGCAUCUGGGUUCGUUUUUUUUAAGGAUUUUCGAGUUGAUGGGAACGACUUGUCGACCAUUCAAGAGGCCAAGAGUCUUAACUCUAUUCGGACUGCUCUCGAGAAUCUUGAAGAUCAAUUGGAGUUCUUUCAUACAGUACAAAUACAUCAGCGGGCUGAGAUAGACGCUGCAAUUGCUCGACUAGAACAAAGCAGGAUUAUUCUGGCUAUGAGAUUGGCUGAACACCAUGGUAAGAAGUACAAAGUAAUUGAAGAAGCUCUGGCAUUUGUCGGGGAUGUACAUGAUGCAAGUCACUUUGUGUCCCCUGAAAACCUUUAUGGUUCUCCUACAAGCCCAUUAGGUGAGAACCUGAUUAGGCGUGAAGGGAAGAGGCCUAACACAGUGAUCAAAGUUCUCCUUUCGAGUUUUGAAUUUGCAAAGAAAUCCCUCAAAUUGGAUCAUGUUGGUGGCUUAUUGGGCAAUGCUGCUUUAUUCACAAUUAGCAUGAUUGCGAUGCUCCAUCUGCAUCAGGUUGCCCACAAGCACCAUCCAUAUAAACAAGAAGAUCUUUACAGCGAUAGGAAUGGGAAGAAAGCUUUUGGGCUGGAAGGAUCUUCAUCCCAUGGUAGUCUGGACCACUUGGAUGUGAUGUUAGCCAGGGGUUGAAGUAAAAGCCUGAGAUUUUUCUUGCAGUUAGAUAAAUGGUGGAAGCCAUGUUGUUAUUAUGGUUGAAGAAGCUUUGUUGUUUUUGCGGAUUUCUUCCCACGAAUAUCUGGAGAUGUUGAGAAAGGUGCUAGCAUGAUCCAGUGCCAAUUUUUAUUGCUGUUGAGAUUUGGAAUUGUUGUUGAGCUGCAGAUCCUUUUUGAGUAGAAGGUUUUUUCUUGGGCGCUGAUAGUACUAGUAGUUUACUUGUUGAUAUGCCAUUUGUUUUGAUUGUGUAUAUCCUAAUAUCUAACCAAGUUUAUCUUGCGUCUGAUAAGUUUAUCCUCUUCA